AUGGAAUCCCUACUCUUGAAUUCCACCUCCCUGCACCAGGCUGAGUCGCCGCCUAUCGUGAUGUUACACAUGCUUUUGGCUCCUGGAUAUGUGCCAUAUAUUUUUACAAUCGCCCUCAUCAGUAUCAUUGCCUACUGCUGGCCAGCAGACCGCUACACAGCCAAGCUUCCUUUGAUUAACCCCAAAGCACCCUACGACUUAUUCAACUUUGGGUCACGCAAGAACUAUAUCCUGAAUGCUCCUAGAAUUCUGGCAGAGGGCAUCAAGAAGGCCGGCAAAACCAAGCCCUUCCGGGUGAUGACGGAAAAGGAUGAGAUGAUCAUAUUGCCUGCCACAAUGGCACACGAUAUUAGAAAUGACCCCAACCUAGGAUUUAACCCUUUCAUUGCCAAAACUUUUCACGCUGGUAUCCAUGGAUUUGAACCGUUGGCCGAAAACGUGUCCCAUGAUCUGCUUGUCGACAUGGUCAAGUCCAAAUUGACACCUGCGAUAGGUCAAGUUACCGAGCCAAUGGCAGACGAGAUGUCGAAAGCUUGUACAGAGCUUCUCACAGAAGAUACGCGCUGGCACGAAGUCGUAUUGAAGAAUGUGCUUCUGGAUGUCGUUUCCAGGCUCUCAAGCCGCGUCUUCAUGGGAGAAGAGCUCUGUCGUAACCCUGAGUGGCUCAAGCUUACCAAAGAGUACACUGUCUGUGGUCCCAUGGCUGCGACAUUUUUGCACCUUUUCCCAAGGCCUCUCCGCCCACUCAUGGCCUGCUUUCUACCCAUCACCCGCGCACUGCGACGGCAGCUGAGACAGUCGCUGGCUAUUAUGCAGCCAUUCUUAGAGAAGCGCCGCCUCGAAAAGGAGGCUUUUCUUCGCGAGGGGAAGAGUCCCAAGGCUUACGCAGAUGCGGCGGAAUGGUUUGAACAGGUUGCAAAAGGCACCAAAUUCAAUGCUCACUACCUACAGCUUGGUCUUGCUUUUGCUGCUGUGCACAGCUCAGCCGACGCCCUAAAUCAUGCCAUGUUGGAGAUCCUUCAGAAGCCAGAAAUCAUCCAGCCAAUGCGUGAGGAAAUCAUCUCUGUACUUGGAACAGAUGAGUGGAGUAAAAGGACUCUCUUCAAACUCAGACUCAUGGACAGUGUCCUGAAAGAGUCACAGCGGCUAAAGCCGGUCCUGCUCGUUACCAUGAAUCGCGAAGCAUUACGAGACACAACUUUGCCUGAUGGCACGCUUCUGAAGAAGGGCGAGGCUAUCGGUGUCGCAUCGCACUGCAUGCGCGACCAGGAGACGUGGGACCAGCCGAAUGUCUUUGAUCCAUACAGAUUCGUAAGAAUGCGAGAGGAUCCCAAGGAGGAGAACUCGUGGCAGUUCGCAAGCACGAGUAGCAGGCACCUUGGAUUUGGCCACGGAGAUCACGGCUGCCCUGGCCGUUUCUUCGUCUCGCAUGAACUCAAGAUUGCCCUUUGUCAUUUGCUCCUGAAGUACGACUGGAAGCUUGCUCCCGGGUGCAAGCCACAGAUCGAAGAGGCCGGCUAUUUCCUCAAUUCGGAUUCAAAGGCCAGGGUUAUGCUUCGGAGGCGCAAGGAAGAGAUCCCGCUCUAA